CAGUUUCCAUUCCGCGUAUUGAAAUCUACCGUCUUUCUUUUCUUUCACUGUCUCUCCCCCGCAACAAACCACCACCACCACCUUUUUUGGAAUACAUCUCCUUACCGUGAAUCCAUAUGAGUACACGAGGCAUCAAUCACGACGAUGAGGCUGAAGAGUGCCCGUUGUGCAUGGAGCCGUUCGACCUCAGUGACAAGAACUUUUUCCCGUGUCCCUGCGGCUACCAGGUCUGCCAAUUCUGCUGGCAUCACAUUCGCAACGAGUUAAAUGGCCUUUGUCCCGCCUGUAGACGCCCGUACAGCGACGGUCCCGUCGAAUUCAAGCCAUUGUCCGCUGACGAAAUCCAACAAAUUAAGCAGGAAAAGAAGCAAAAGGAAAUGGAACGGCGACAAAAAGACACAAACAACCGGAAACACCUCGUCAACGUGCGAGUCGUGCAAAAGAACCUUGUUUAUGUGAUUGGUCUCGCCAUCAAGAUGGCGGACGAAGAGGUCAUUCGCCGACACGAGUAUUUUGGCCAGUAUGGCCGUAUUCUCAAGGUUGUCGUCAACUCGCAUCACCCGUACCACAGCCCGCAAGGACCCAGCGUUUCGGCCUACAUUACAUUCGCGCGGAAAGAGGACGCUCUCGCCGCCAUCCAAGCCGUCGAUGGUGUGCAUGUGGAGGGUCGCACAAUCCGUGCCUCGUUUGGCACUACCAAAUACUGUUCGUACUUUUUGCGCAAUCAGGUCUGUCCGAAUCCCGAGUGCAUGUACCUUCACGAGGUGGGAGAUUAUAACGUCUCGUUCACAAAGGACGAAAUGGCGCCCGGAAAAACGGGCUAUCACGAGGCCAUCCAAUCCAUGAUGACCGAAGAAAGCCAUAAUAUGAAACGCCCAGCAGCAACAACAUCAACCGCUGCAGGCUCUUCGAGCGCUCCCAGUCGGGCUGGUCCGGCGGCCGCUUCAUCAACGUCGUCCCGAUCGGGAAGCGGGUACAGCGGUUUUGUCAACUCGCCAAAUGUGGACGAUGGACCAGGCGAACUGGGCCCGGCGCUUGGCUCGAAGCCUGGUUCUGCUGCCGUUACCCCCGCGCCGAGCAGCACAGGACCUUCCUGGGCCGCCAUUUCCUCCCAGGCUCCUCCGCAAAAGCAAGCGCCAGUCACACCGCAGCCCCAAGCACCCCCUGUUCCGAGUUCCCCGUUCGAUUUCCCGCCAAUAUCCGCUGCGGCGCCACCCAAGGACACCUCCGGUGGCAACAAGUCUGGGAAGGGCACGAGCAGCGCUUCAUCGACACAAGCAACAGCCGACCCCGCGACCAAAUCUGGCAAAAAGGGCAAACAAAGCGCAGCCGCCGCCUCGACAUCAUCUGUCAGCAGCGGCCCCUCCAACGACGCGACGGCGCCAUCCGCUGAGCCCGUCCCAUUAUCGACCUCACCCACUUCCACCACAGCCACCACCACCACAACAACAGCCCCAACAACAACAGCAGCAGCACCAACAACAACAACAACAACAACAACAACAACAACAACAACAACAACUCCCGCAGCAUCAUCCUCGUCUGGCCAAUCCAGCAAAGGACGGUCCAACGCCGAUCGUGACAGCGCGCAAAAAGAAGCGUCUGCGCCAUCGCUCACCAGUACCGUUGUUGCCACCGCGGAGGUCGCUGCCGACCAACCUGUCGUGCCCGCGCGGUCCGUCCCUCUCACGCCACCCACGACUGUCAUCUCGCGCCUGGUGGAGGAUGCCGAGUUUUCUGCUCUUGCCUCUGCCUUGAUUGCCGACGACAAUGACACUCUGUCUGCACCAUCCAAACCUGGACGACGUGAGAGCGGCAACGCAGACCCCGGCUCGACCCACCUUCCCGCGAUCGCUGCUGGACCCGGUCUCCAAGGUCUCCCGGGCUUGCGCAUGUCUGCCGCCACGCUGUUCGGUGCAGUUGCCGGACAUGCCAACUCGGCGGGUGUUGUUGGUGGCGGCGUGCCUGCUGGCUCAAACGUGCGUGCAAUGCAGGAUGCGGACGAGCUCGACCGAAUGAACGUUGCGCUCCUGAAUGUGCUUGACGAUGAUUUUGGCGGGCAGUCGCUUGCACAGCCCCUCGGGUUUUCCAAAAACUCGCUGCUGAUGGGUCAGCCUCCGUCUCAAUUUGGCCCUCAAGCUGCAGGCGCGUACUCUGGUCCGUAUCGCCCUCCCGGCAUGCCUCCGUCGCAGCAGCAACGCUUUGGCGCCACGUCGCAAUUCCCGCAACCAACUCACGAAAGCGCAUAUCCUCACCCCGCCUUUGGCGCAAGUGAUUUGUUUGGCUCCUCGGCAUGGGCGUCGUUGGGUGGCAACCCGCCACCCCCAAGUGGCGCCUUUGGGCGGCCAGAUCCCAUGUUGUAUGGCCCGCCCUCGCUCGUUGGUCCGCAUCAGCUUCCACAGCAACCGCAACAACAACAGCAGCAGCAACAACAACAACUACCACCGCAACAACAACCACAGCAACAGCAGCAGCAACAACGCCCACCUCAGCCACAGAAUUUCGGCAUGUUUGGCAUGCGAAGCGCUGCGACAGAGUCCGCAUGGGGUCCGGCUGGGUUUGAAGCCCCGCCUGGCAUGUCAACUCCUGACAACCCGAGCGCCUUCACGUCGUCGUUUGCCAGCUUUGAUCGACGAGGCUCCAUCCCUUCCGGCUCCAACGCUCUCCUGCACCCCUUCCAGCAGCAGCUCCAGUCUCCCCACAUGCAUCCCAACCAACCUUUGCCUGCCGGAGCGCCGCAGAAGCAGUCGCAGUCGCUCGGGCAACCUCAGCAACAAGCCGCUUUUGGUGCGGAUGCCGACUGGCAAUCAGGCCUGCGAGCCCUGCUGCCGAACGUGAAUAUUAGUUUUGGCAACCCUUCUGCGGGCACUCCGUCCAACGUGGCCAAGUACAGCAAUGAUGCGCCUUCGGGCUUCCCUCCUGGUCUCGGAUCCACCGCCGAUGCUGCGUCUCGCGGUGACUUGAUGGCAGCUUUGGCUGGUUUGCCGUCGCACCAUGAGCAACGCAUGGAGGCGCAUCGUCAGCAGUUUGGCUUGCAUGUCAACCUCGCUGCUGACAGGGCCGCGGAAUCGUCUGCGUCAGGAGCCAACCCGUCGUCCGCCUCCGGCGGCUUGUGGGGCUCUGCGCCGCCCGUCUCGUCUGCUCCAUCGACCACCGGCAACACUGGCUCGCUGUGGGGCGGCAAGCCGUCAAGCGCGUCCUUGAGCCAGUUCCACGACCCGGCGAUCAUGGUGGCAGGGAACUCGUUUGGAGGUGCCUUUGACGCCUUUGCGGGCAGUGGUUCUGCCCACAGCAACGACUCCCUCCGCGGUUGGGACCAAGGCAUCAGUCUGUCCUCCUUCACAUCGACCUCUUCCUCUGCAGUUACUGGGGCCACCACUCGCGGCACCUUCAGCAGCCGGGGCAAUCUCCGCAUUGAAUCGGACGACUUGGUUUCGAGCGAAAUUGAGAGCUUGCUGGAUGAAGGCAAGCCCUUGUCUGAAUUCGGUGCGCCCUUCAACAACAGCGGCGCCGGCUCCCGUGCGUCCGUCUUUGCCGCACCGGUGGGUAACUCGGACGUGUUUUCCAAGCACUCCAGUGAACCUGCCUACACCGCAGGCAAUUUUGACUCGGUGCCCGACCGCGACGGACUGGCCUCGUUCACUUCCACCCUGGCCAGUCUAUCGAUGAUUGGAUCGAGUAGUAGUAGCAAGACGCCCGCUACCAGCAAAGCUUUGGCGGACGCUGACGAUGUGCCAGCCGACUGGGAACGGCACGCGCUUGACAACUUGGACGGUGGAGAUGAGGCAUGGAACGAACAGGAGGGCUCAUUUGCGGGCAAGCUCGCCAGUGCCAAGGACGAUACAGGCUCCGGCAGUCGAACCUCGUCCGCCUCGACCGCAACGACCGCUCCGGCAGCCAACGUUAGUGGAAAGAAGGCAAACAGCCAAAGCAAGAAGAAUGCCAGACUCGCCACUGCUGCUGCUGCUGCUGCCGCCGCCGCCGCCGCUGCUGCCUCUGCACCCGCGGCUGCGCAAAAGUCGGCAACCACUGUCAAUGGCAAAGCUGCAGCAUCCUCUGCGCCUGCUCGAGGAAACGCCAAGUCUGCCAGCAACAAAGGCACGAGCGCCAACAACGACUCGCACCCAUUGACUGAAGUCGAGGCGUUGGAACGGCAAGUGCAGUCUGCUCGCAAAGAGGCUGACGCCGUCCAGGCCAAGCUGCUUGCCGUCAUGAAGAAGGCUCAAAAGAAGAUUUAACUUUUGACCUCAAAAGUGACUGUUUUCUUUGGUCUGUGUUUCAUGCUUUGCGCCCUGUAUCGACCGCUCAUUUUUACCACCAACAGAACAAAUACAUAACCGUUAUAUUGGAUAA